AUGGUGAAAGUAACCGCCGACGAACAAAAGACAAUCAACGAGCUCCAGGACAGCUGGGUCUGGAUGCCGAACUGGGUUGAUUCGUCCUCGUUGAAUACAGCCGGUCGACUCGUCCGUUUCAAGCGACAGAUCUCACUCUCUACUCGACCUACGCGAGCGCUGCUUCAUUUCUCAGCGGAUACACGAUAUAAACUGGUUGUUAAUGGAGAGCGCGUGGCUGUUGGACCGACCCGGGGCAGUCCGUGGAUCUGGUACUACGAUACCCUCGAUAUUGCCCCGUAUCUGCGAGAAGGCAACAAUACUGUCCAGUUCGAUGUAAUUCGGUAUUUUGCAGCUGUCCGGGGUGCGAUGCCUUUUCAGCGAACGGCAUUCCCGGGCUUGACAGUUAUCGGGCGUGUUGAGGCCGGGAACGAGGUCGUCGAGAUCAACACUGCCAGCAGCAAGUGGGAGGCGCAGAUAGACGAGAGUAUUCAGUUUCCAAUGGGACUGGUCGAUGACCCAUUUCUGCAUAUCAACGAACGCAUCUAUCCAAUCAUCCAGUCUCCGCCAGUAACUCCGGUAGUAUACGGCAUCAAGACUCUAAACGGUGAACUGGCACCGUGGAGACUGCGACCACGACCUAUUCCUAUGCAUGUGGAGACCAAAGUUGCUGUUCAUACAGUUCGUGCUUGUCAGAGCGCAGUCCCUGCAGAAGAGUGGACAGCCAGCCUGAGAGAUCGGAAAGCAAUAGUUCUUCCUGAGAAUUCAUCGCAUACAAUCGAACUGCAAGCAGACGUCCACUCGACAGCCUUCCUGCGGUGGACAUUCACAGCAGAAAAACCGUCAUCUGUCCGUCUAAAGCUUACGUAUUCUGAAGGCUAUGAGCUGGACCCUCGAGCAUAUCCCUUCUUCCGUACAAAGGCUGAUCGACUGGAUGCGGCCAAUGGACAUCUCAUCGGGCCAUUCGACGACGUACACUUGGAAGUGUCCGACUCGAAGCCACUUAUAUAUGAACCGUUCUGGUUUCGCACAUUCCGGAUACUGCGACUGGAGAUAACAGUUGGGUCUGAGCCAGUGGCCCUUACCGGGUUUGAAGCGACACAGGUCAAUUACCCUCUGGCCAUCAAAGCUAGUUGGGAUAACCUGGGAGACCCUGAUAGUAGUGCCAUCUGGGAUGUCUCGAUCCGCACACUGCGCAACUGCAUGUUCGAUGGAUACUCCGACUGUCCAUUCUACGAGCAACUUCAGUACUCCGGUGACUCCCGCUCCGUCGGCCUCUUCCACUACCUCCUCUCUGGCGACGACCGGCUCAUGCGCCAAGCAAUCACCAACUACGCAGCGUCGAUUACAUUCGAAGGUCUCACGCAGUCACGGUUCCCAUCGCAUGUUCCGCAAGUUAUCGCGGGAUUCUCCCUCUACUGGAUCCUGCAGGUAUGCGACCACCAUAUAUAUUUCGGGGAUACGGGAUUCACCCGCUCGUUUCUUCCCUGUGUUGACGGCGUUCUUGAAUUCUUCAAUGCGCAUAUUGAUCAGCUUGGCCUUGUCAGUGGGUUUCCUGAGGAUGUGUGGCAGUACGUCGACUGGGUGACGACCUGGGGCGCGACGGAUGAGCAUCCAGACAAGGGCGUGCCGACGUCAGGGAGGAAGUCCAAUCGGCAUACAUAUUUUAGCCUUCUGUAUGCGUUCGUUCUGCAGAAAGCUGCACAGUUAGUCCGGGAUGUAGGACGGCCGGGAUACGAAGAGGAAUACGAGUCUCGUGCGGUGUCUCUACAGGAAGCUGUUAGGAGACACUGCUAUGAUGGACGGUUCUUCACGGACUCGACGGUCCAUGUUGCGGGUGAAGACGCAUACUCGCAGCACUGCCAGGUAUUUGCCAUAAUUUCAGGGACUGCAACCCCAGAAGAACGCGCGCGGCUGUUGAAGGAAUCGUUUUCCGAUCCCCGUUUCUCCAAGUGCUCGUAUAUGAUGCGCUUCUAUGCCCUCCGCGCGUUCAGUAUAGCUGGGGAUGAAGUAUACGAAAGGUUCUGGGAUCAGGCAUUUCAGCCAUAUAGGAAGAUGCUUUCCCAGAAUCUGUCAACGUGGGAAGAGGACGAUGUACGCCAGCGCUCGGAUUGUCAUGCCUGGGGGAGCGUUCCUAUCUAUGAAUAUUGUGUGGAACUGGCUGGUAUUCAGCCCAUUUCUGCUGGGUGCAAGAAGGUGCUUUUUAAGCCGAGGCUGGGGCUUAGUGAUGCUUUAAGUGCUACGGUUGCACUGGGUGGAGAUAAUACUGCUAGUAUCUCCUGGACAACGCGGGAUAUUGGGGAGAAGGACAUAUAUUUGAAGUUUACGAAGGAAGUUGAGGUUGCAAGUCAAUUGCCAGGUCGGGUUAAAGUUCAUCAUGGUGUCACUGACAGCCUGCACCUGGUAUUUUAG